CCGCUCAAGAAAAAUAUAAAUACUUUUAAAAUCAAUAAUUUUCGACAUUGGCAUAGAAGAAACGAAGAAAUAUGAAGGUAUUCAUCGUUCUGUUUGUGGUGUUUCUAGCCUUGUCUGUUGAAGCCAAGAAGCAUAAAUCCAAAAACACGAAAAAUGACGGAGCACCGAAUACCCCACCAGACCUCGCAGUAGAGGAAUCAGAUACGGAGUGGCCGCACCCUGUUUCCGUCUCCAAUUUCACCGCCCCUGAAAGUUUCACCAAUGCUGCAGAGAGUGGCAGUGACGAAGGAAAUGAAGAGGUGCUGUAUAGUCUCAAUGCGUAUUAUAGGCUUCAUCAGGAUGACAUCAUGGUGAAUCCCACAAAGUACGUAAUAACUAAGUUACAAAGGACAAAGAGAAAUACGUCUAUGAUGACAUUUCAAAAGUAACUGGAAUUAUGUAAUUGUAUUAAAGUAAACGGAGUCUUUUAAAAUAUGUCGAUUUUUUUUAAGUAUGUACUUUUUCAUUUAAAUAUUUUAAAUAAAUCUGGCAAAUUACGA